AUGUCGGGCACUAAACCACUGCGCAUAACCAUCCUCGGCGGUGGUAUAGCCGGUCUUACAACAGCCCUCUCCCUCACAAAAUUUGCCCCUUCCAACUCGCCACCACCUCUCAUUACAAUAUACGAGAUCCGCCCACAGCCCGCAACAAUCGGCGGUGCCGUGAACCUCACCCCAAACGCCCUGCGUCUGCUCUCUCACCUAGGCGCCCUACAAGAGAUCCGAGCCGCAAACUAUGGCGCAGAGUGCUCGGCUGUCGAAGUCUUCGACAUUUACAGCGGGACCAAGAUUGCCGAGUCAAGUUUCCGAGGACCAGAUGGCAAAGGACUGGGCAAACCACCCUUCACAGCCUUGCGAAUAACACGCGGCGAAGCCCUCAAGGGUGUACUCUCCGCGAUUGCCAAAGCUCCAAACAUCACUUUGACCUGUGGCAAAAAGACAGCCAAAAUCCACGAGACAGAAACCGAUGUGACACUCACUUUCGCAGACGGCACGACAAGCACAUCCGACAUCCUGAUCGGCUGCGACGGCAUCCACAGCGUCGCACGACUCACACACGUCGAGCCCGAGCGCACAGCAACCUACUCCGGUAUAUGCAACGCUUUUGGUUUCUCCCCACUCAGACCGCAUCAAACGCCUCACUUCGAAGCCUCCGGGAUGAACUUUGCGCGCGGCGGCAUGCUCUUGACAUCCUUCCAUAGUGCAGAGAAGGACAGCAUAUACGUCGGCGCGCUGAUGCAAGUCCCCGCCCCCGAGGUCGAGAGCAGAGACGGCUGGAAAGCGAUAGGUGCCGACGCAGAGAAGACGAGGAGCGACAUAUUACAACGGUACUCCGGGGCCAAGGAGCCAGCGAUCGAAGAGUGGAUCAAAGAAGCGCAGGAUCUGUAUCUGUGGCCUGUGUUCACGCUCUCCAGGAGUGGGAAGUGGGCUACAGAUAGGGUCAUGCUGAUUGGCGAUUCUGCGCACGCUAUGCCGCCGCAGGGAGAAAGCACAGGGAUUGUGUUUGAAGACGGAGUGCUGUUCUCGCGAGUUUUGGCCCGGUGGAUGGAGAAGAGUGGGAAUGGGAGUGAUGGGACGCCUGUCAAAGAAGCGUUUGAUGUGUAUGAGACGUUGAGGAGGGCGCGAAUUGAGACGGCGUGGGAUGAGAGCCAGAGUGUGGUUAAGACUGUGCAGGAGGUGGGAUGGUUUGGGCAUCGCAUCAAGAUGAAUGUUGUACCGUGGUAUUUGUGGUGGACGAGGGGAUAUCGGGAGAAGCACUUUGUGGAAGACGUUACGACCUGUGAGAUAGGAUACUGA